AUGGAUAAAGAAGUGAAAAAAGAGAGUGGUGAUCUUCAUCCAAAGAUAGUUUAUCAACCAAGAGAAGUAAAAGAAAACCAAAUUUGGCGUUUCAGAAAACUUGUUGAGAACAAAUAUGGAUUAAAGCUAAAUGAUUAUUGGGGUCUCUAUGAAUGGUCCCGACAAAAUUAUCGCGAGUUUUGGGAGUGCUUGUGGAUCUUCUUCGACAUCAGAAGUUCUCAACCUUAUACUGAAGUUUUCAGUAAACUUGGCAGUUUGGAAGACACCGAAUGGUUUAAAGGUGCAAAACUUAACUUCGCAGAAAAUGUUUUACGAGUUAGAGGAUCUCGAACUGCUAUUAUAACAGCAGAUGAAAACGACAACGUAGAGUAUGUAUCUUAUGAUCAGCUGUACACUGAAGUAGCCGUGUAUGCAAAAGCUCUCAAAGAUUUAGGAGUGACUAAAGGAGACGUAGUUACAUGUUAUAUGCCCAAUAAAGUGGAAGCUGUUUAUGCAUACUUUGCUACUGCAAGUAUAGGUGCACUAUGGUGUGGUGCACUUCCUCUUUUAGGCGUUAAGGCUGUGAUUUUGCGGUUCGAACAGAUGAAUCCGAAGGUUCUCUUCACGACAGGAAAUUUUCAUUUCGAUGGAAAAGAGACUGACAUGACCCGGAAGCUACCAAAUAUCAUAAAAAAUAUACCAAGUCUGAAGAAAGUAGUAUUCGUUCCUUCAAGGUCAAAACUAGAUAAAAGUAAAAAUAUGCCAGGAUGCGUACCCAUUGAAGAUUUUCUUAGAUCAGCCAGAGAAAAGAUUAAUAAAUGUGGAGCUAAUAUAAUUUUUGAGCAAGUUCCGUUUUCCACUCCUUUGGUUGGCUGGAUUUCGUGGAAUAUGCAUAUAAGCACACUAUAUCUUGGCUUAACGCUUGUCAUUUAUGACGGCCUUCCUUUUGAAGAGACUCCAACUCGCUUUUGGGACAUAGUGGAUAAGUUUGGAAUCACAGCAACUUCAAUAACAAGCAGUGCAGUUGAUAGAAUGCAGCAGAAAAAAUACAUCCCAACUGAGAAACACAGUUUAAAAAGUUUGAAAGCAAUUUAUCCUAUUGGAAGUGUCUGCAAGCCACAAACGUUUGAAUUUUUAACGAAGGAUAUCAAACCUGGGUUAUUUUGCAGUUCAUGUUAUGGGACUACAGAAUAUUAUGGAUUGCUUGGUGCUUACGACUUCAAUCUUCCAGUUUACAGAGGAGAAAUCCAGUGCUUUGCUUUGGGCUAUGACUUGCGAACCGUUGAUGAUAAAGGAAAUUAUGUUAUUGGUCAAAGAGGAGAUAUGCUACAACUCAACCCAGCUCCAACAUCUCCAGUUGCAUGCCUUGGUGAUGAUUCAAAGAAGAUAUUAAGAGAAAUUUAUUUAUCAAAAUAUCCAGGUGCUUGGUACAUAGGAGAUGAUGUUUGGAUCAACCCAGUGACUAAGGGUUACAUUGUUUACGGCAGAAGCGAUGACAACAUGAACCCUAAAGGUGCCAGAUUCAACUGCUCAGAAAUUUAUUUUGCGCUGGACGGAUUUCCCGGCGUCAUAGACAGCGUAUGCGUCUCCCAUUUUAACUCCAAUCUAGACGAGCGUGUUGUUCUGUUUGUAAAAAUGGCACUUGGACAUUCCCUCACGCCCGAAGUUGAACAUAGCAUUCGGAAGACGAUCGAAGAGGACCUCUCUUAUGAACAUGUGCCAGAUCUCAUCGUCGAGGCGCCGGAUGUGCCAUAUAAUUUGAAUGGGAAGAAAUUAAACAAUUUGGUAAAGAGACUUGUUAACAAGAAAGCUGUAUCGAACAUUGAAGUUGUUCUAAAUCCAUCAUCAAUAGAAUUCUACAAAAAUUUGAAUCUAGGUGAUUUCUAA